GAGCUGGCCUUGAAGUCUUUGGGAAGUGAGGGGCGGUUUCUUUUUGCCUCUCUGGACACGAACAACGACCUGUACCUCAGCCCAGAGGAGUUCAAGCCAAUAGCUGAGAAGCUCACGGGGGUUGCUCCCAUCUCAGAACUGGAAGAGGAGGAGACGCCUGAUGCGGGCGGGGAGACGUUGUCCCUUGUGGCCAAAUUCCAGCCCUUGGUCAUGGAAACAAUGACCAAGAGCAAAGAUGGUUUCUUGGGGAUCUCUCACGUUGCACUCUCUGGGCUGAGGAACUGGACUGCCCCAGCAGUCCCAAUGAGUGUCAUGUUUGCCAGGCAGUUUAAAGCCUUUCUUCCUCCAAAGAAUAAACUGGACCUGGGGGAUCCGUGGUGGAUAAUUCCUAGUGAACUGAACAUCUUCACUGGGUACCUUUCCAACAACAGGUUUUACCCUCCGCCUCCCAAGGGCAAAGAAAUGAUAAUCCACAGGCUCUUGAGCAUGUUCCACCCACGCCCCUUCGUCAAGAGCCGCUUUGCUCCGCAGGGAGCUGUGGCCUGCAUCCAGGCCAUCAGCACCUUCUACUACACCAUCGCCUUCAGGAUCCAUGCUGAGUUCCAGCUGAAUGAGCCACCAGACUUCCCCUUCUGGUUUUCCCCAGGCCAGUUCACAGGUCACAUCAUCCUCUCCAAGGACUCCUCCCACGUCCGAGAGUUUAAGCUCUUUGUCCCUAACAACAGGUCUCUGAACGUGGACAUGGAGUGGCUGUACGGGGCGAGUGAAAGCAGCAGCAUGGAAGUGGACAUUGGCUACCUGCCCCAGAUGGAGCUGGAAUCGACAGGGCCUUCGACCCCCUCUGUGAUCCAUGAUGAGAACGGAAAUGUGAUUGACAGCAGAGAUCCCUCAGGGGAGCCCAUCCAGUUUGUGUUUGAAGAGAUAACCUGGCAGCAGGAAAUCCCCUGGGAAGAGGCAGCCCAGAAGCUGGAAGUGGCCAUGUAUCCAUUUAAGAAGGUCUCCUAUCUGCCCUUCACACAAGCUUUUGAGAGAGCAAAAGCAGAAAAGAAGCUGGUGCACUCGAUCCUGCUGUGGGGUGCCCUGGACGACCAGUCCUGCUGAGGUUCGGGGCGGACUCUCCGGGAGACCGUCCUGGAAAGUUCGCCCGUCCUCGCCCUGCGGAACCAGAGCUUCGUUAGCAGCUGGUCACUGGUGAAGGAGCUGGAAGAGCUGCAGAGCAACAGAGAGAACGAGUUCUACAGCAAGCUGGCUGCCCUGCACCUGGAGAAAUACAACUUCCCUGUGGAGAUGAUCAUCUGCCUCCCCAACGGCACGGUGGUUCACCACAUCAAUGCCAACCACUUCCUGGAUAUUACUUCUAUGAAGCCUGAAGAUGUCGAGAGCAACGUCUUUAGUUUCUCAACCAAUUUUGAAGACCCUUCAACUGCAACUUACCUCCAGUUCCUGAAGGAAGGACUGCAAAGAGCAAAACCCUACCUGCAGACCUAA